CCCGCCUCCACCCCCGCCGAGAUCGCCAGCCUCGUCCGCCUCUCCAACCCCACCGUCGCCUUCGCCGUCUCCUCCACCGCCGCCGCCCUCCCCCGCCACCUCCCCACCUUCCUCCUCGACUCCCCGGAAUUCCACUCCUUCCUCACCUCCACCGCCACCUCCACCGCCACUCGGGCGGCGGAGGUGCGCCAGUCCGACGUGGCGGCGAUCCUGUUCUCCUCAGGAACAACGGGCCAGGUGAAGGCGGUGAAACUGACGCACCGGAGCUUCAUCGCGUUGGCGGCCGCGGUUUAUGCGAUGCGCCGGGAGGGACCCCCGAAGGCGAUGCUGCUGGCGGCUCCGAUGUUCCACAUGAUGGGGUUCGUUUUAGCUCUGAAGGGGGUGGUGCUGCUGACGACGACAGUACUGAUGGGCGGAAACCGGGCGGGCGCAACGGAGAUGCUCCGGGCGGCGGCGCAGUACAAGGUGACGGAGAUAACGGCGGCACCACCGGUGGUGGUGGCGAUGGGGCGGCCAGAGGUGGUGGCGGGGCUUGACUUGUCGGCGCUGGAGCGCGUGGUCUGCGGCGGCGCUCCGCUCCACCCGGCGUCGGCGGAGCGGUUCAUGGCGAGGUUCCCUCGCGUGAAGCUCUCCCAGGGAUAUGGUUUAACUGAGGGAGGAGGAGUUUCAUUAUCGAUCGGUCCUGAUGAAUGCAGUAAUGUGAGGUCUGCUGGACGUCUCCAUUAUAAUGUCGAAGCCAAAAUUGUAGAUACUGUCACUGGUGAGGCUUUAUCAGUUGGCCAAGAAGGUGAAUUAUGGAUUCGAGGUCCUGCCGUUAUGAAAGGUUAUGUUGGUGACGAUGAAGCCAAUGCUUCGACCUUUGAUUCUGAUGGUUGGCUGAAGACAGGUGAUCUGUGUUACUUUGAUCAUGACAGUUUUCUUUACAUUGUGGAUAGGUUGAAGGAGUUGAUUAAAUAUAAGGCUUACCAGGUUGCACCUGCUGAAUUGGAGCUUUUGUUACAGUCCUUACCAGAAAUCAUGGAGGCUGCUGUAGUUCCGUACCCACAUGAAGAAGCAGGGCAAAUACCAAUGGCAUUUGUGGUGAGACAACCAGGAAGCAACCUCAGUGAAGCAGAGAUUAUUGAUUUUGUUGCAAAGAAGGUUGCACCAUAUAAAAAGAUACGUAAAGUUGCAUUUGUUGACUCAAUACCAAAAUCAGCAACUGGGAAGAUCUUGAGGAGGGAAUUGAGCAAACAAGCACUUUCUAGCUCCAUAUCUAGAUUAUGAUGCGUGUUUCAUGUCUAGAUCAUGAUGUCUUUUAUUGUAACAAUCUCCUAUAAACUAUGAGUUUCAGGCACAGCAACGGUGCAUCCUAGCACUUGCUUGAUUGGUAAAAGCUUGAAAGGAUCGUGUUUCAUUUGUGAC